AUGACAACAGAGACACCCGUUAACGCCGGUCAUUCGUUUGCUACCACAGCUGAAGAUUACGAAGACAGAGAGGAAUGGGCCAAAGCUGCUGAAGCUCAUGCAAUGGCUGCUAGUCAGUUUCAACGAGCCAUACAGUAUGCUCAAGACGCCAUGGCUGCCAAGACCUUACGUCUAUUAACGUCCAAUCACCUGCGUAAAGCCAAAGACCUGGAAAGACGAAUGACUAGACAACAACAGCAGCAGUUUGAUCAAGGACAUGACCCUGAAGAUAUGAAUGAACCUGAGGGCAGCUUAUCAUCACAUGGCACAAUCAACAACAACGACAACAAUGAUGAUCGAUCAUUUGACAUGGAUAGCUUACGACAUGCAUUAUCAUCAGACCAACGACAUGGAUCUGCCACGCCAGCAAUAGGUGGAUCAUAUGCAGUACUCUCUCAAAAUGAGGAAGAUGAAGAAGAGAAUGAUCCUUUCAACAAGUUCUUUGAGGUGGUCGAAAAGCUGAUGGACAAGCUCUCUAACCCUGUGGCAUUCGCUUCAGCACCUUUGAACGAGAACGACAAUCCCAUUCCUAUCACCGUGCAAUCACCAGAUGAUAGAGAAAGUGAUCGGUUUGAUGCAUCCAAGAUGGUAGAGUCCUAUUUUUUCGUGACAGAAGCACUCGACCACCCCACAUCCGCGAGAUCACCACAGGAAUAUUCUGAUGAAAAUGAACAGCUAAAGAAACAAGUGGAUCAAUUGACAAGACGAAUACAUGAGUUGGAAAAGGCAGCCGUGGAAAGCAACAUUCUCAAAAGCAGUAUUCUUCAAUUCAAAAGCGAUGUCCAUAAACAAGCCAAACGCAUCAUGCAAAGUCACGAUUAUGCAGCCAUGAGAGCAUCUUCAUCAGCAGCAAUGUUGACAGCCAGCGGAGGUGGUGGAAGGCCCAUCAGUGAACAAUUGGCACGCAUUCGAGAAUUGGAAGAAGAAAACCGACAAUUGAGGGUUCAAAACGAGAAACAGCAAGCACUCGUCAACAAAUACCGAGAACGAUGGGAAAAGUUGAAAGAAAGUGCAAAGAAACGACGUGCUCAGCCAGAUCAGGAUAUGCUAUCAUUGGGUCGAAGCUAUUCAAGUUGUUCAUCUGAAAGCGCACGUCAACCUACUUUAUUGAGAUCGCUUGCGCAACAAUCCACGCCAUCAUCAUCUUCUUCAGCACAUCCACCGCGCACCUCAUCACCACUUGCAAAAGGUUCAACACCUCCAUGA